AUGAUGAGAAAGAUUUAUUGGGACUCAAUAGUUGAAGAGAAAAUAAAGCCUAAAAUAGAAACAUUGGCGAGUUUUCACGGUAAAAGAAUUUUUGAAUUGUUAUCAUUUUUUGUCGAAGAUGUCUAUGAUAAAGAAAUAUAUAUGGAAGAAAUUAUAUAUGUUAUUGAAAAUGAAAUGACAAUUCUUUUUCAAUAGGUGCAAAUUUAAUUAACAAAAAUUUUAAGUCACUCUAGAUACACAAAUAUUUUGAAUCAAAUUGAAAAUCUCACUACAAUAUAUACCUAAGUAAUGAAAAUUGACUAUCAAAAUUAAUCAGUAGAUUGCUUCUUUUAAUAGUUUGAAGAACAUAUUGAUAAAGUCUUGAAAUCCUUAAGACAAAAUAUGUGCACUUUAAUAAUAAAGGGAAUAAUAGAUAUUGAUUAUUGGAAGGAAUAUUUGCAGAAUUUGUAAAAUAAAUUUAAAGAAAAAUAAAAGAAGGAUUCAAUCAUAUAAACUACUAAUUCUUAGGGAACAAAUAGUUCAUUUUUAUAAUAAUAGCCUGCUUAUUAAGGGAAUACUGCAGGAUUGUCGUAUCAAUAAUUAAAAGCCCAGAAAAUAACUUCAUUACAACAAGUAUAACAUACAAAUGGUAAAUUUGCAUACGAAGCAACUCUUUCUGAUGGGAAUAAAUUGCUGAUGCAUCACAAUCCAAAUAACAAUAAUGAACUAACAUUUACUAAAAAAAUUGAUGCAACUGGGAAAAAUGGAUAUUCAAAUAAAUGGGAAAAGGUAGGAGAACCAAUUAAGACUAAAUCAGUAACAGUUCAAGAAGUCUCACAAUCAAUAAAAGGUUAGAGCGAGAAAUUUAACAUGAAAGGUAUACAAGCUUAAGAAUUGAAUUAUUAAAUCUAAUAAGCCAAAAUAAAUGGAUAGAUUGGAGGCAUUAUUGCAGGAACAGUAGGAAGUUUAACAGUUGACUGUAUUUUGGAUGGAGUGGAUCAAGAAAAGUUAGUCAAAGGUCUUGCUUUUUCAACAGCAAUUUAAGGAGGAAUUAUAUAUGUUUAAAGUGUACAAUCUUUGGGAAAAUUUGUACCUUAUGUUGGUAUAGGGUUAACUACUUUGAUGACUAGUAUUUCUGUAGGUGGAGUAGUUUUGUCUGAUUUCUUAAGUUAGAGUGAAAAAACCUAUAAUUCUCUAUUUAUUGCUCUAAAAACAGGAGGAGCUAUAGGAUUGGGUUACUUAGGAAUUGAAGGUGGAAUGGCUUUAGGAGCUGCAGGAGGUCCAGUUGGAGUUGUGGUUGGCGGUAUUCUUGGAGGUUUUAUGGGAGGAGCAGGUGGUAAUUUAUUAGCAAGAGCUAUUGAUUACUAUACUUAGUUUAAUUUAGAGGUCAAAUUUACAAAGGAGAAUAAAUCUGAUGUUAAGGAUGGAUUAUUACUAUAACCAGGUAGACGUCCUGAAAUUAGAUGGAGCAAAGUUAAGGAGAAGGUGAACAGCCUCAUUCUAAUUGCAUAAACAGACUCACAUAUUGCCUGCUUAAUUACAAAUAUUAAUAAGAAUCUUGAAGUAAUUUAUUCUGAAGAAGAUAUUGGAGUUUAAUUUAAUGAAUAUAAAUAUAUAGGUCCUGAUGAUUCUUGUAAAACAAUUGCAUUUAGACUUCUGGCAACAACCGAAGAAUAUGUCAAUGAUGAAGAGAUAUUGUAACAAUUACAAUGUAAUUCAAUCUGUAUUAUUGAUAUUGCAACGGUUAAAAUUAAUUUAGGAAAUUUAGAAUGA